CGUUCAUGCCCCUUUAAGACUGAAAGUCCGUUGGAACUGUCUGCUGCUGUCUGGUCUCUGGAUAUGAGGCAGGAGGGCUUGGGGACAACUGUGGGGACAUGGCCCAGAUGAUCCGAUCCCGGCAGUAGUGACUGUCGGGGACCAGGAUGCUGGCGGGUCAAUUCGAGGCCGGGGACCCCAAGGAGGGCACCCACCUAGAGGACCUGUGCCCAGGAGCUGGGGCUGUCACGGAGAAGGCAGCUGUGGCAGCCGAAGUUCUCAUGGAGGACUGCAACGCCGGGGAGACUCCACCAUUACAGCAGCAGAUCAUCAGACUCCACCAAGAGCUUGGGAGACAGAAUUCCCUGUGGGCUGAUGUUCACGGAAAACUCCGGAGUCAUUUGGAUGCUUUGAGGGAGCAGAACAUGGAGCUCCGAGAAAAGCUGAGAGCUCUGCAGCUGCAGCGGUGGAAAGCCAGGAAGAAAUCUGCAGCGUCCCCACAUGCGGGGCAAGAAUCGCACACUCUGGCAUUGGAACCUGCUUUUGGAAAAGUUUCACCUCUGUCAGCUGAUGAAGAGACAAUGCCCAGAUACGUUGGCUGCAAGAAUCAGAGUGCCACUUUCCCGGGACAAAGAUCGUCCUCUAACAAUUCAGCUCCUCCAAAGCCAAUGAGUUUAAAGAUAGAAAGAAUUAACUCGUGGAAAACACCACCACAGGAAAAUAGAGAUAAAAGUCUUUCUGGGAGACGCCAAGACAGAAGAGCAACACCUACUGGAAGGCCGACUCCCUGUGCAGAGAGACAGGGGGUGUCUGAAGAUGGAAAGGUGGCCUCGGACACCUCUGUGCAUCCAUCUUCCCGAAGUCUGCAAAACUCGAGGAGCAGAAAAUCACCAGUGCAGGCUUCCCAGGCCUCCAUGCUGCAGGAGCAGAUGGCAGCAGCCAGAGGAGCUGAUGGAAGCUCAUCAGCCUUAGAGAGUUCUGAAGGUGGAUUUCUCAGCCACGUUCAACCUGAUGAGUUCACCGUUUCUUCCCCAAACAUUGCAGAGCUGCAGAUUUACUAUUAUGCAAAUGCUCAGACGACACACACGACCUACCCUGAUGGUUUGGAAGUUGUGCAGUUUCUUAACAAGCAGACAGGUGAGGGACGUCACCAGGACCCCGCGUGGAUCUUUGUAAAGAAGAUGCUGAAUGUGGAUGUAGAAAAGAUGCAGACCCUGAGGCCGAAGAGGGAAGAAGCUGGAAACUCCGUGCAGGAGCAUAGCUGCAAAUCCAAGGAUACACAAAGGAGCCAUGCUGCCAAGUAAGAGCCGGUCUUCCAUCCAUUGCUCUCAAACACUAUCUACUGGAUCGCAGCCCAAACUACAACAACGACAAAAGUCACUCUGCUAAUUCUCCCUGCUGAUAAACCAAGGGCAAGAAUUCAACAACAAAGACCCUGUACAGAGCCUUAGCCCUCUGAAAACUUCCAGAUACAAAGCCAACUGACUAUACUAGAUUACCAUCACAGUUAAAGGAACCCAGCCUUCUCAGAUGGGAAAAAAAUCAGAAUAAGAACUCUGGCAAUUCAAAAAGCCAGAGUGUCCCCUUACCUCCAAACAGGCCCACUAGGUUCCCAGUAAUGGUUAAUCAGUCUGAAAUGUCUGAAAUGGCAGACAUAGAAUUCAGAAUCUGGAUGGCUAGGAAGCUUAUCAAGACCAGGAGAAUCUUGAAACUCAAUCCAAGGAUGCAAAGCAAUUCAGUAAAAUGAUUCAAGAGUUUUAAGAAGCCGUUUUAAGAAAGACCCAAAUUGAACUUCUUGAACUGAAAAAUUCGCAACGAGAAUUUCAAAAUACAAGCAGAACUAUUAACAGCAGAAUAGACCAAGCAGUGAAAAGAACCUCAGGGCUUGAAGACAGGUAAUUGAGUCAACUCAGUCAGGCAAAAAUAAAGAGAAAAAAUAAAGAAAAAUGAACAAAACCUCUGAGAAAUAUGCAAUUAUGCAAAGAAACCAAAUCUAUGACUCAUUGGCAUUCUUGAGAGAAAGAGAAAUAAUAAGCAACUUGGAAAGUAUAUUUGAGGACGUAGUCCAUGAAAAUUUCCCUAAUCUCAUUAGAGAAGUUGACCUGCAAAUCCAAGAAAUAUAGAGGACCCUAGCCAGAUACUAUAAAAGACAUCCAUCCCCAAGGCACAUGGUCAUCAGAUUCACUAAAGUCAACACAAAAGAAAACAUCUUAAAGGCAGCAAGAAAGAUGGGGAAUGUAACUUACAAAGGGAACCCAUCAGGCUAACAGCAGACCUUUCGGCAGAAACCUUAUAAGCCAGAAGAGAUUCGGAGCCUAUUUUUAGCAUCUUAAAGAAAAAAAAUUCUAACCAAGAAUUUCAUAUACUGCCAAACUAAGCUUCUUAAGUGAAGAUGAAAUAAAAUCCGUCUCAGAAAAGCAAAUUCUGAGGGAAUAUAUUUAAACUAGACCAGACUUCCAAGACAUCCCCCAAAGUAGACCUGGUGAGGGAGUCCUCAGAUCCUCAGGUCCCUGGUGAGGGGGACCUGGUGAGGGAGUGCUAAACAUAGAAUUGAAAGAGCCUGCAACCACAAAAGACACUUCAGACCAUAGCCCACAAGCACUAUAAAGCAACUGCAUAAUUAAGUCUACAUAACAGCCAGCUAACAACACAAUGACAAAAUUAAAAUCAUUCAUAUCAAUAGUAACCUUGAAUAUAAAUGGGCUUAAUGCCCACUUAAAAGUCACAGAGUGGAAAGCCUGAUAAAAAGACAAGCCCCAAAUGUCAGUUUUCUUCAAGAAAUCCAUGUCACAUAUAAUAACACCCACAGGCUCAAAGUAAAAGAAUGGAGAAAAUUCUACCAUGCAAACUGAAAGGAAAAAAGAGCAGGAGUCACUAUACUUAUAUCAGAUAAAACAGACUUUAAAUCAAAAAUCAAGAAGGACAAUAAAAGGCAUUACAUAAUGAUAAAGGGUACAAUCCAACAAGAAGCCUUAACUAUUCUAAAUAUAUAUGCACCCAACAUUGGAGCACCCAGAUUCAUAAAAAAAGUUCUUCUUGGCCAACGAAAAACCUUAGACAAACACAAAAUACUAGUGGGAGGCUUAAACAUCCUACUGACAGUGUUAGAUCAUCAGGGCAGAAAGUUAACAAUGAAACUCCGGAUUUAAACUUGACACUUGACCAACUGGACCUCAGACAGCUACAGGACACUACACCCAACAACCAAAAAAUAUACAUUUUUCUUGUCUGCACACAGAAUAUAUUCUAAGAUCAACCACAUACUUGAUCAUAAAUAGUCUCAAUAAAUUCAAAAUGAUCAAAGUCAUACCAAAGCACAUUCUUGAAUCACAGUACAAUAAUAGUAGAAAUCAAUAUCAAGAUCUCCUCAAACUAUACAAAUACAUAAAAUUAAAUAACUUGCUCCUGCAUAACUCCUGGGUCAACAUCAAAAUUGAGGCAGAAAUCAAAAAAAUUAUUUGAAAUUAAUGAAAAUAGGGACACAACUUACCAAAAUCUGUGGAUGCAGCCAAGGCAGUGUUAAGAGGAAAGUUUAUAGCCCUAAAUGUCUUCAUCAAGAAGUUAAAAAAAAUCUCAAAUUAACAAUCUAUCUUUGGAAAGGAAGAAACUAGGUCAACUGAGGGAAAGGAACUAGGGGGGAGAAAAUCCCAAAACUAGCAGAAGAAAAACCACUGAAAUUAGAGAAGAACUUAAUGUAAAUUGAUAUGUAAAAAUACAUACAAAAGAUCAAUAAAACCAAGACUUGGUUUUUCAAAUAAAUAAAUAAAAUUGAUAGGCUACUAGCUAGUUUAACAAAGAAAAAGAAAGAGAAGAUCCAAGAAAGCACAAUCAGAAAUGAAAAAGGUGUUUUUUAUCAGUAUCAUAACUGAUCCCACAGAAAUACAAAAGACCUUCAGAAACUAUUAUGAAUAACUCUAAGCACACAAAUUAGAAAAUCUAGAGGAAAUGGCUACUUUCCUGUAAGCACACAAUUUUCCAAGAUUGAAUCAGGAAAAGACUGUUAACCUGAAUAGACCAAUAUUAGCUUCUGAAAUGGAAUCAGUAAUGAAAAACCUACCAACCAAAAAAAGCCCUGGACCAGUUGGUUUCCCAGCUGAAUUCUACCAGACCGAAAGCAAUCCAACACAAAACUACAUGACUCAGAAAAUAUUGUAUAAAUUGUAGUUUAUCGUAGAAUUGUUUAAGGGCUCAAAUCCCUAGAGAUUCUCAUUCUGUUUCCUCUAAUUACCCCUCCUUCCUCACCUGCAUUUACAGAGAACACACAUUGGGCAAAAUAUGUGUCUGUCCUACUGGGAAAGUUUAUCAACUCUACCUCAUAGAACUGAGAACAAAUGCGGGGAGAGCUAAUGUUUUACCAAGAUGAACUUAACCAAACAAAGAGAUAGAAAUCAAAUUCAAAGCCAAGAGCCUUACAUAUAGAUAAAAAUGGAGGAAUGAGAACAUAGCAUUUAUCCAGGAAUCAUGAGUUAAUCAUGUUACCAGGCUUUAGGGCAAGGGACUGGGUGAACAGUCAAUGUAAUAUUACAUGCAUAAUUCUUUGAAAAUGUCAAGGAAUAGGCCGGGGGCAGUGGCUCACGCCUGUAAUCCCAGCACUUUGGGAGGCAGAGGCAGGCGGAUC